GGAGCUCGAGGGCUUUCUCACCAGGGACGUUCCUCCAGAGCCCCUGAGGUGCUGGUAGACAACCGUGACAGCAUGGCCAAUUCCAACAUCUGCACCGACAAUCCUGGGAACAUCCUCUCAACUCUGACAUCCACUGACAAACAGCAUCCCUGUCAAUUGGUUCGGGAAGCUACAGAGAAUUGUGUGCGCAUGUGCCAACAAUUUGAUCAAAUGGAGGAGAGUACCCAGAGGAUCAGAGGCCAAUACCAGCUCAUAGACACUCUGCUAGAAGAAAUCAGAAGUGACUGUGCAAACCUUGAGAAGUCCAGGGAAAUGCUGCUGCAAUGCACUGGAAUCCCGGAGCCAGGAGCCUUGCGUCUGCACCAGCAGAACACCAAGCAGCGGAAGGAAGCGUCAGCCCAGGAGGAAAAGGCAGAGCAGCAGGACUGGAUGAAGGUUUCCCAGGAGGAAGAGUCAUCGAGCUGGUCUCUGGAGCAGCUGAGCUGGGAAUCCUCUGACCAAGGGCACGCAGCAGCCCAGGCAUGCAGAGAGGAGGAGCUGCUGGGCCAGAAGGCUGAGCUUGAGGGCCGACUGGCAGCCACAGAGUGGCUCCAACAAGACCUUUCCAGGCAGCUGGCAGAGACCAGGUAAAGGCAGGGAGCUGAGCCUUUUCAGAUGUUUUUACAUGCC